AUUUUACGCCAGUGUCUAUUUGUCGAACAAGACUGACAAAGGACAAUCCAUCUUUGUGGCCUUCACCACUGAUGGUUCCACUGAUGUUCUUUUACGGCAUGGAAAUCGUUCAAAACGUAAGAAAAUAACACUUACUUUCUUCCCAAACGUACAGCCAUGGAAAUAUCACGUCUUUACUCUCCAGUUAAAUCACAAAUUACGGUGGCAGACGGUGGCAUACGGUGGCAUACGGUGGCAUACGGCGAGGAAGAACAUGAACAUUUUUUAAGCUCAAUGGAACUGUAGAUUCUGUUUACCGUCCGAGAAUUUAAAAAAUCUGAUGCGGGUUUUUUUCAUUAUUCAUUUUUCAAUAUUUUUGUUAUUGUCUAUUUUCCGAAAAAAAAUAUCCUUAAGGUGGCUCGAUAUAGUUAUCACGAAAGCCCUGCUCAAGAAUCGCGAACUCAAAACCGGGUGACCAUUUUUACGCGCAGGUCGCGGAAACUGAUUAACAAAAUGACAGAACUUCCAAAAUGACCUGACGUGAGCAGCUGCUCGCGCCAUCUCACGUCAUUUCGCGUGUUCUAUAUAGCGUUUUAUGUCAAUUGCUGACGUCAUUAGAAUUUUCCAUUUUAGAAAAACAAUGCGCUAUAUCUCUUUAUUUUGUCUGGUGACCUAUGUUCAAAUUUUGCAUGCUGUAUUGCACCGCUAAAAACUUUCAUUAUACAAAAAAUAAAAAAAUUCUGUAAUGCCAAAAAAUUUUACCGAAGAAUAUGACAUUUUCGCAUUUUCCAAAAAAAUGGCAUUACAGAAUUUUUUUAUAUUUUGCUAAUUGUUAGCUUUUCGUCCAAGUACAAUAAUGCAAGAAAAAAAAUUGGGGGUCACCAUGCUUCUUUUCCAACUAUACGAGACGAAAGGCCAUUUUGGAGUGUAUUUUGUACACGUAUGUCGUCAUAGCAACGAACUAUCUGUUACUAAAACUAAUAUAAUUUGAAAGUAGAGAUAUCGAAAUAUUUAAAAAACCCAAUAUCUGCUGAAUAUAUUCUAAAAAUGCAUAGUUUGAACAUUUCAAAGUGUUGAACACCUGAAUUUUUGAAAACUGUAUCGAGCCACCUUAAGCUCCUUUAAUACGUCGUACCUUCUUGUUUAGAUUCUUGAGUCAAAAGAUGGUACUUCAUUUAGUAGCGUUUUUAUGAACUCGCCAAGAUUCGCUCAUCCUUUGCUGAGAAUUUUGAUAUCAAGAGAGGUAAGAUUUUCAUUAAUACAAUAAGAAAAAUAAGUGUGAACCACGUGAAAAAGAAACCACAGAGGCUUGCUCAUGUGUUUAUUAUAAAGUUUGGGAAUAUAACUUAUUUGUUUAUUUCUCUAGACCAUCUUAGAAAAGCAAGGAGAUAAUUCAUCAUUUCUUCAUGUAAUCGAUUUACUUUCACGACAUAGUAAAGGUAAGGUUUUUAAUAUUGAAUCAAUUACUGGAUCAAUUGUUUGUUAGAAAUUUCGUUGGUUUCAGCUUGGUUGAUCAUAUUCGACACAUCAAUUUUGUAGUGAAAGGGUUUAAAUUCGUUGUUUGGUCUAAUAAUGCUUCAUAAUUAUUGAUGUUAGGUGGUCCAGUGGCGUCUCUCAUAACAAAAUAUAAUCUUGAAUCAAGAUCAAGACACCGUAGAGUGGUCAAUGAAGGUUCGUAUUUUUAACCUGAAUUAACUAACUUUAUUAUUUAUACUGGUUAGCUCUUUCAUUUCUAAAUUGUUCUCUCUAGAGGUCCAAUAAGGGAUUAAUAAUACCUUAUUGCACCAGUGUUAUACUACAGGAGGAAACCUAAACUAAACUAACUUUAUUCAUACUGGAUAGCUCUAUCAGUUCUAAACUGUUCUUCCUAGAGAUCCAUGCAGUAAGGAUGAUCUCUUAUUGAUCCAGUGUUACUACAGGAGGAAACCUAAACUAACUUUGUUUAUACUGGAUAGUCUAUCAGUUCUAAAUUGUUCUUCCUAGAGGUCCAGUAAGGAUCAUCUCUUAUUGUUCCAUUGUUACUACAGGAGGAAACCUUAUAAACUAAACUAACUUUUUCUAUAUACUGGAUAGCUUUAUCAUUUCUAAACUGUUCUUUCUAGAGGUCCAGGUCUUCCAUUGUGGAACCACUAGUACCCGAAGAAAAGCUACGAUUUUUGGUCAAACUGUAAACACUCUUCUUCAAUGUAACUGAAGGGAAAUUAUAAUCAGACAAAUGCAUAUUGGCACAUGCACUAACUCCUGUGUCUCCAACAUUACUGUGGCUAGGACAAUUUUACCGAAUGUUUACAGCUUAUAGUACAACAGCCAAACGGACAAACCUUGCUGUAUUUAAUAAUGUUUAGUUACCAGUGAUGCAAUACGUAAUGGAGUCAAGAGAGUUGAAUCGGGAAGUUCACUCUCUGAUAAAGAAAUUAAGGAUAUUAUAACUGCUCUGAAGAAAUAUAAGAACGAGAAUAUUCGUCUGAGAGAAUUAAUACCAGGUACGUAUGCUUGUAGUGUUCUCAUUUACUAUCUAAACUAACUUUAUUUAUACUGGAUAGCUCUAUCAGUUCUAAACUGUUCUUCCUAGAGAUCUAGUAAGGAUCAGAUCUUAUUGAUCCAGUGUUACUACAGGAGGAAACCUAAACUAAACUACUGUAACUUUAUUUAUACUUGAUAGCUCUAUCAGUUUUAAACUGUUGUUCCUAGAGGUCUAGUAAGGAUCAUAUCUUAUUGAUCCAGUGUUACUACAGGAGGAAACCUAAACUAAACUACUGUAACUUUAUUUAUACUUGAUAGCUCUAUCAGUUUUAAACUGUUAUUCCUAGAGGUCUAGUAAGGAUCAUAUCUUAUUGAUCCAGUGUUACUACAGGAGGAAACCUAAACGAAACUACUGUAACUUUAUUUAUACUUGAUAGCUCUAUCAGUUUUAAACUGUUAUUCCUAGAGGUCUAGUAAGGAUCAUAUCUUAUUGAUCCAGUGUUACUACAGGAGGAAACCUAAACGAAACUACUGUAACUUUAUUUAUACUUGAUAGCUCUAUCAGUUUUAAACUGUUAUUCCUAGAGGUCUAGUAAGGAUCAUAUCUUAUUGAUCCAGUGUUACUACAGGAGGAAACCUAAACGAAACUACUGUAACUUUAUUUAUACUUGAUAGCUCUAUCAGUUUUAAACUGUUAUUCCUAGAGGUCUAGUAAGGAUCAUAUCUUAUUGAUCCAGUGUUACUACAGGAGGAAACCUAAACGAAACUACUGUAACUUUAUUUAUACUUGAUAGCUCUAUCAGUUUUAAACUGUUAUUCCUAGAGGUCUAGUAAGGAUCAUAUCUUAUUGAUCCAGUGUUACUACAGGAGGAAACCUAAACGAAACUACUGUAACUUUAUUUAUACUUGAUAGCUCUAUCAGUUUUAAACUGUUAUUCCUAGAGGUCUAGUAAGGAUCAUAUCUUAUUGAUCCAGUGUUACUACAGGAGGAAACCUAAACGAAACUACUGUAACUUUAUUUAUACUUGAUAGCUCUAUCAGUUUUAAACUGUUAUUCCUAGAGGUCUAGUAAGGAUCAUAUCUUAUUGAUCCAGUGUUACUACAGGAGGAAACCUAAACUAAACUAACUUUAUUUAUACUUGGUAGCUCUAUCAGUUCUAAACUGUUCUCCCUAGAGGUCCAGUAAGGAUCAUCUCUUAUUGAUUCAGUGUUACUACAGGAGGAAACCUAAACUAAACUAACUUUAUUUAAACUGUUAUUCCUAGAGAUCCAGUAAGGAUCUUUUCUUAUUGAUCUGGUCAAAGAGGUAAAAGACUGAUGUACUAACUAUCUUAUUUCAUUAAUUUAUCCAGUGCUGUCAUGGUUAUUGUCUUCGCGAUCGCAUUUCGUCGACGAAUUUCUUCGUUCCUUAAUCACCCUUCUUAUCCCCAGUAAUCCAAACACUUCCCUGCCUUCCGACACGUGUCAGUUUAUUCAAGACCUGAUUGGCUUAUUACAAAAUCACUUGGGUGGCAAGUCACGUGCCGGAAAUGGCGCCAUUUUGGAUUGGUUACCAAUCCUUGACCCAGCCAUUGUGAACAUUUGUCCGUUGAAACAAAGAGAGUUGUUGUUUGGUGAUGGUGGUGGAAACAUGGGGAUAAGUCAGGGUACUGGUGUGUCUCAAGGACUAUUGUUGUUAGUAUUGCUCAUACAUAGUGGCAGUUGGGGUCACUUGCAGGAUACACUUGAUUGGUUGCUUAGUCAGACCAAGGAAAGUACAAGGUAACUCAUUACUUCACAGCUGUCAUAGUUUGUGUCUGAAGUACAUGAGAGAGAUUAAAAACAUCACAACGUUUGUAGACAAUAUGCCUUGCUUUCAAAAGUCUUCAAUUUAAACCUUUUUUCAUGUAAUUCAGACACAAGCCACAACAGCUAGCUAUUGUAGAAUAAUACCUACACUGGACCACCGCGUUUGAGAUAUCUUCUUCAGGCAGUUCAGACAAAAACCACGACAGCUUAUUGUAGAAUACUACCUACACUGGACCACCACGUUUGAGAUAUCUUUUUCAGGUAUAGUUCAGACACAAACCACGGCAGCUUAUUGUAGAAUACUACCUACACUGGACCACCACGUUUGAGAUAUCUUUUUCAGGUAGUUCAGACACAAACCACAGUAGCUUAUUGUAGAAUACUACCUACACUGAACCACCACGUUUGAGAAAUACUGUUACCAAGGCUCAAAUUUUACUCUGUGUGUUCCAGGGUUGACGCAACGGCUGCCUUAGGGUUUGUCGAAAGUUGUUUGAACAUUCCACAGUUGUGGCAAGGACGGGACACAAAGUCCGCGCGUGGGAUUGAGACGAGUUUCUACACAGAUCACACUGAAGGAGAUAUAUUGAGUUUGUCAACUGAACAGCUUUGCUGUUUGGUUAUGUAUAUUUUGAUGGAGGCCGAACGUGAAGCAGGGAAAUAUGAUGGUAUAAUUGUCUGCAGUAUUAUAAUGUAAUAUUAAAAUGAAUUGCAAAUUACUUUUCUUGUUUUCUCCUUUUAAAAAUUCAUCAAUUUCAUCAUAUCGGGAAAUUGUGACAAUGAGAAAGUUGAUUAAGAUGAGGUCUUUUACUAUAAAUAUAUAUUGCAUUUCUUCUUGGAAUGACCCAAAUAUUGCACAUGCAAAAGAUGAUAUUUAGGGAUAGUACCCUUAAAACUUUGUACAUAAUAUGUACACAGUAUAUAGGGUAUAAGAUUGACGAAUAUGUCAAUAUGAUGACAUUAGAUGCAUUUUUUGAAUGACCCAAAUAUCACACGUGGCAAAAAUCUUAUUUGUGGUCAACCUCGUCCCCAGGGUCUUUCCUCUUGGGGAGCAACUUCUUGGGGAGAAACUUCUUGGGGAGAAACCUCUUGGGGACCCUGGUAGACGCUGGUCACGUGACCUGCUAAAAUCUAGCCGAUUUUCAAUCCAAGAUAAGGUCAACAAAAAUAUUUGAUAUUUGGAUGAUUUUUAUAGUUCAAUUUAUAAUUGGCAUUUUGUAUGAUUGUCCUAAAGGAAUCCAAGAUAGUUAAUUAGAAAUCUGCUAGAUUUUAGCAGAUCACGUGACCAGCGUCUACCGUCUUUUCACCCCAAGAGAAAAGACCCUGGAUACGAAGUUGAUAUGUGGUUAGUUGUACUCUAAACAGAAAAAUACAAGUGGCUAACUACGGCAAAAUAAUUUGAAUAGUUUUAUAUCUAAUUUGUUUUUAUUCUUCAGGCGAUAAAAGUCGCGUUGAAAUGGAUGAACUUUUUGAAAGCAGAGUUUCUCUUCUGUUGCGCUGUUCUAAAGGAAAUGAACAAAAUCUCCGUCCCGUCAUUGAACUCUUGCAAUCUGACAAAAGGUAUGAAUCUCGUUGAUAAAUCUAAAUUAACUUUAUUUAUACCAGAUAGCUCUAUCACUCAUACAUGUUCAAUUCUCGAUCCGCAAAACUAGUUUUCGAAUCGUAAACCAAAUUUACCAAAUUUUACGACUUGGAUUGUUUCGACAUUAUUGGACAAUCAGUUCUAAACUGUUCUCCCUCGAGUUCUGGUAAGGAUCAUCUCUUAUUGAUCCAGUGUUACUACAGGAGGAAACCUGAACUAAACUAACUUUUUUAUACUGGAUAGCUUUAUCAGUUCUAAACUGUUCCUCCUAGAGAUCCAGUAAGGAUCAUCUCUUAAUGAUCCGGUUUUACUACAGGAGGAAACCUGAACUAAACAAACUUUUUUUAUACUAGAUAGCUCUAUCAGUUUUAAACUGUUCUCCCUAGAGGCCCAGUAAGGAUAUCUCUUAUUGAUCCAGUGUUACUACCGGAGGAAAUCUAAACAAAACUAACUUUAUUUAUACUGGAUAGCUCUAUCAGUUCUAAACUGUUCUUCCUGGAGACCCAGUAAGGAUCUCUCUUAUUGAUCCAGUGUUACUACAGGAGGAAACCUGAACUAAACUAACGUUAUUUAUACUGGAUAGCUCUAUCAAUUCUAAACUGUUCUCCCUAGAGGCCCAGUAAGGAUCAUUGAUCCAGUGUUACUACAGGAGGAAACCUGAACUAUAAACUAACUGUAUUUAUACUGGAUCGCUCUAUCAGUUCUAAACUGUUCCUCCCACAGAUCCAGUAAGGGCAGUCCGUAAUCUGACUCUAUUUCUAUAUUUCCAGCUGGUCUAAAGAUCUUCUUCAGCAGUUUCUUAUCAAGCUUUAUCUCUAUCUACCGGAACUUUCAUCCUGGAUAACAGACACCGAUUCCCUUGUUGAUUUGAAGUCGACAGCGAAGGCAAAGUAUAGCAAGGUUAGAAUAUCUUUCUCAGUUUUAAAUUGUUCUUCCUAGAGGGCCAGUAAGUGUCAUCCCUGAUUGAUCUAGUCUAACUACAGGAGAAAAUCUAAAGUAAACUAUGACUGAGCUAACUUUAUUUAUACUGCAAGAUAGCCAUAUCAGUUCUAAGCUGUUCUCUCUAGAGGUCCAUUAAGAGUUAUCUCAUAUUGGUCCAGUGUUACUACAGGAGGAAACCUAAACUAGAGUAACUUUAUUUAUACUGGAUACUACAGUAGCAAACCUAAACUACACUAACUUUGUUUAUACUGGAUAGCUCUAUAAUUGAUCUUUUGAACGUCAAUUAUCCGUUUAAAACUAUUAUGCAAAUGUAAAACGUUUUUCUCUUGUAGUUCGACGGUUUCUUUCACCGCAUGAUCUCCAUAUUGAGUGACUGUCAGUCUGGAAAGACUUGGGAAGACCGUAUUGAUGGAGUCGUUCUUCUCUGUAAAAAAAUGGCCGCUUGUCAUCCCGCUCAUAUUCUAAGGUAAGCGUAACGUUAAGGUUAAAAAAUUUUUUUGACCGAAGUGAAAUUUUAGACAACUAUUACUAAAAUUACCAAAAAGAAAUAAUGAGUAAAAAUUACAAUUCUUCGAAGAGAUAAUUAUUACAAAUUACUUUCAUAUUAUAUUUUUCGUCUAGAUAUUUGCCUGUGAUUGCAUCGUUGACGCGCGGCCGAACACAUUUAACAUCAAAAGAGUUCUACAAUCAGAAUCAUUUCUUGUUCUUUACACACAUCUUGGGAUUACUGGACUGUUUGCGUCCUUAUAUCUUCGACUCAAUAAAGGUGAGUCCUUUGACGUAUAAAAUACAUAUGCACAUAAUGUUGGCAAGUUAAUCUUUUGCUGAAACUGAAACUAAAGACGAGAUAUUAAGUGCUGAUGAGAGUUGGCAAGCACGAGUUUGCAUGAGAGCAGGCCUCAAAUUUCCCUGAAAUCAAUCGACGGCAAUGGCGUUAAAAAUUGUCUAAAACAGCUGUCUACGGCAAUUUUGACAGUUGAAGUUUCCACGGCAUUUUUCAAAUUACUGUAAUAAAACUUAUUGUUACUUUGGAUUUUUGACAAGCUAGAAACAUGUCUGCGUAUGUCUUUAGUGUUUUUUUUCGACGAAAACUGAGACUAAAAUAGUGAUUUACGCAUGAUUUCAAGUAUCAAAAUAGUAAUGCACAGUGAAUAUAGUAUAAACAUUGCACUAUACGGCAAAAAAUUGUCGUCGUUGCCGCAAUGAUCCACGGCAUUUUGUUCUUCCUCUUCGGCAAUUGCCGCGAUAAAAUUCAAGCCCUGCAUAAGAGUUUUCUCAACUCCUAUGAACAGGCCCUAAGUAUAUAUUCAUUUUGUCUUCAGUUCAUUCAAGAUGGCCUCAAUGAUGCUCUUGACAGCUUCCUUGAUUUAGUGCAGGUAUACAAAACGUUCGUUUUAGCCUGAUAAGAAAAUGUCCAAAGGAUUUCAAGAUAAAUGAAUUGUAUUUUACAGUCACAGUGCAUCAAGCAGAAAGAACGAACAGGCGUGGUCGCUAAGCUCGUCGAAUUCCUUCAACAUUAUCUUACCCACAAUCCAACAGGAGCGUUGAGCUAUCUUCAAACUAAAGUUGAAGUGCUCGAGUAAGAGUGUAUUGUAUUUUAUAAAUUUGCGUCUGUGUGGAAUAAAACUUCCUGUGAAAAGAUAAACUAAACUAAACUAACUUUACUUACUGUAUACUGGAUAGCUUUAUCAGUUCUAAAUUGUUCUCCCUAGAGGUCCAGUAAGAGUCAUCUCUUGUUGAUCCAGUGUUACUACAGGAGGAAACCUAAACUAAACUAAUUUUACUUAUACUGGAUAGCUCUAUCAGUUCUAAAUUGUUCUCCUACAGGAGGAAACCUAAACUAAACUAAUUUUACUUAUACUGGAUAGCUCUAUCAGUUCUAAAUUGUUCUCCCUAGAGGUCCAGUAAGGAUCAUCUCUUAUUGAUCAAGUGUUACUACAGGAGGAAACCUAAACUAAAUUUAUUUAUACUGGAUAGCUUUAUCAGUUCUAAAUUGUUCUCCCUAGAAAUCCAGUAACAUUCAUCAGGAGAUUCUUUUCAUAGUAAUUUUUGUAAAGUUUUGAAUUUUGUUCUUAUUUUCAGGGAUUUAUUAUUUGAUCAUUCCGAAUUAUCAUCUUUAAAGUCAUUGUUGGCAGUUCUCUCAGUACCCAGGACUUUGAACCGCGUGGAUUCCGAAACGUCCGCAAACACUGUGGGCUCGUCUCCGGAUAAAGCCGCGCCCAGUCCUUCGCUCAUGAUGGCGCCGGUAACUACGCCAUGGACCCCGAGUCAGAUCGAGCCGUUCUUACAGAGGAUUGGGCCGAGUCAACCUGUCAGCGGUAUGUUAAAACCAGGGUAUAUUUUUUUAAAAGCGUUAAUACUACAACAGAAAACGGAGAACACACGUAAGAACACACAAGUUGUUACAAAUCUGUUCACAAGCUGUCGACAAGUUGUGUUCGCACUGCUUGUUCCCAGUUGUUGUAACAAGUUUGGAACACGCUGUUAACAACUUGUAACAAGCUUGAUGGUUUUAUCAGACUUGUCACAAGGUUGUUCUAACAAGUCUGAUACAGUCAUGAUAUAACAAGAAUGUCACAAGGUUGACGACACAAGGUUGUAACAAUGUCCGAUCGGACUUGUUGGAAUAACCUUGCAACAAGUUCGAUAAUAUCAACAAGAUUGUAACAAGUUGUUAACAGCUUGUUCCAAACUUGUUGACAACUUGGGACAAGCAGUGCGAACACAACUUGUUGACGGCUUGUUGACAAACUUGUUACAAGAUGUGAGAUUUUUGCGUGUCUACACACGUAAAAACGCACAAGUUUGUUGUAACAAGUUUGAAACAAGCUGUUAACAACUUGUAACAAGCUUGAUGGCAUUAUCAGCCUUGUUACAAGAUUGUGCUAACAAGUUUGUAACAGGCAUGAUAUAACAAGGAUGUUACAAGGUUGUCAACACAAGGUUGUAACAAUCUUGUUAUAUCAAGCAUGUCACAGACUUAUCAGAACAACCUUGCAACAACUCUGAUAAUUUCGUGACCUGUGACAAGCAGUGUGAAUACAUCUUGUUAACAGCUUGUGAACAGACUUGUAACAAACUUGUGCGUUUUUACGUGUGUACAACAUGUGGGAUUUUUGCGUGUGUAUGCUAAGCACGAGGCUUCCACGUGUGAUAUGUGCGAUACACACGUAAAAAUCUCACAUCUUGUAGCAAGUUUGCCAACAAGCCGUCAACAAGUUGUGUUCGCACUGCUUGUCUCAAGUUGUCAACAAGUUCGGAACAAGUAUUAUCUGACUUGUUGCAGGGCUGUUCCAAGAAGUCAAUACAGUCGUAAUAUAACAGUUUUGUUACAACCUUGUGACAUUCUUGUUAUAUCAUUACUGUAUCAGACUUGUUAGAACAAGCUUGUAACAAGGCUGAUAAUGCCAUCAAGCUUGUUACAAGUUGUCAACAGCUUGUUUCAAACUUGUUACAACAACUGGGAACAAGCAGUGCGAAGACAACUUGUCGACAGCUUGUGAACAGGUUUGUAACAACUUGUUUGCAGACUUGUAACAACUUGUGCGUUUUUACGUGUGUACCAAGUCUGCCAACAAGCCGUCAACAAGUUGUGUUCGCACUGCUUGUUCCCAGUUGUAACAAGUUUGGAACAAGCUGUUAACAGCUUGAUGGCAUUAUCAGACUUGUUACAGGGUUGUUCUAACAAGUCUGAUACAGUCAUGAUAUAACAAGAAUGUUACAAGGUUGACGACAAAAGGUUGUAACAAUACUGUUAUAUCACGACUGUAUCCGACUUGUUGGAACAACCUUGUAACAAGCCUGAUAAUAUCAACAAGGUUGUUACAAAUUGUUAACAGUUUGUUGGCAGACUUACUACAAUUUGCGUGUGUAGAGUCAAACUAGAAGCACUCUUCUCGCAUUUGACUGAGGGAGGAAUUAUAAUCAGACAUCCGUAUAUUGCACGGACGGUUAAACUUUCCGAAUAGAGUUAGAAGGUACAUGACCUUAAGACUGUGUAAUUCUUCAAUUCUUUAGAAGUCCUGAAAGUUUUGAAUGAUCUUGAUGAGACAUCCAAAAGAAGAGUCGAUAUUCUACAAUUCUUCUUGGUCAGAACAUAAUAAAUUUUUGUCCUACUUCAACUGUUUUGACUGAGGGCCCAGUAAGGGUUAGCCUUAGUGGAAACCUAGACUAAACUAACUUUAUUUAUAUUGGAAAACUCUAUCAGUUCUAAACUGUUGUCCCUAGAGUUCCAGUAAGGAUCAUCUCUUAUUGAUCCAGUGUUACUACAGGAGGAAACCUAAACUAACUAACUUUAUAAUAUUGAUCAUUCUUUUCAUAGCACGACUUGGUCCGUCUAACAAAGCACGUGAAUGAAGCAUGCAGGGAUAAUGCGCAUGUCUUGAUAGCUAGGCAUUUGAGACACAAUCCAAGGUAGGUUUUCUUCGAAAACUCCCAGUGUUGGUAGUAUUCUACAUUAAACUGCCGUGGUUUGUGUCUGAACUAUGCUCGUAAAAAACGCACAAAUUGUAAUAAAUUGCAGCAGAGUUGUAGCAAUUUUGUUCCAAUAACUUGUCAACAGGAUGUGUUCGCACUGCUUGUUCCCAGUUUGUUGACAUUUUGUCAACGGCUUCUUGUAGUCGAGGACCUGUAUAUGAGUUUGUAUGCAUUUCAUUUAGGACAGAUAAUCUCAACUGUUUUAGGGCAAGUUGACCAUGACGGUCAACAUGGUAACGCUGCCCGAACCCCAAUCCGGGACGAAACGUCCGAAACUAACCACACCCAAAAACGACGCUUUCGCCAUACUGCUAUCUACCAAACCAUAAAAGCUUUGGCUAUUCUGAGGUGCUUAUAUGGUUCAGAGAUGGUACUUUUGGGGUGGUCAUUGGUAAGUGUGAAAUGCCUAGCACUAAUAUUUCACAAGAAAAUGACCAUGCAAUAAUCAUAGUUAAACGUCAAUUUGUGGCUUGCAACUUCAGAUAAACAGCAGUGGACUUACAUUACCUUUUCCCCUAAAUCUUUUUGAUAGAAACAUAAUUGGUACUUAUUUAAAUAUAUUAUCACUGGUUUGGUGUAAAAUAGUUAAUAUUUUCUGACCGAAAUAAUAAUUUGAAAUGUGCCUACCUCCUGCAAAUGGACGUAUUUGGCCAAGUUCUCCACUUUACUCCGCUGUUUAUCGGCGAUCUCGUCGACAUCCUACAAAAAAUGUAAAUCAUCUCAGACAUAAUGGUAUCAAGAACAUUUUAAAUAAGUUUCAACUUGGUUUCAAGUAGAUCAUACCUGUUUAACCAUCGACAAGGUAAAUCCACAACUUUGUCCAAAUUCGGCGCCAUUUUGUCAUCCCAUGUCGGUUGUCAACAAUUCAGCCUUGUUACUCUUCCAUCCAAGCCAUUUCCAUUCCACUAAUAAUAAAUUUAACCCUUUAUAACAGGAGGAAACUAAAAAAUCUAAACAAAAUAUAAGAAAUACGCCAUUUUAUCACCAUGUAAAAUUUUGCUCACGAGUCUUUCAAAACAUUCCGUACAAAUCUCGCGUGGUUUAGCAACAGGGACGUGACAGGGGGGGUAGAGACUUGAAAAAUGAAAGGAAAGCCCACACAGUAUGGUAAAACCAACAAUUAACAUUUAAUUUGUAUGACUUUUUUAUAUUAAUAAAUAAUAAUAUUUAUAUAUUUGUCGCUACAAGAAAUAAAACAAACAUUUGUAUGAUUGUAUUUAGCUUUUAGUCUAUUUCACGCAGCCUUCUUCUAUCUUCGUGAAAUAAUUCACCCCCCCCCUGUCACGUCCCUGUUACUUUGUCACGCGAGAUUUGUACGGAAUGUUUUGAAAGACUCGUGAGCAAGAUCUUACAGGGUGAUAAAAUGCUGCAUUUCGCAUAUUUCAUUUGUAUUUUUAUUUUAAUACCCUUAACAAAGGGUUAAAUUUGUUAUUUGUGCAAUGGAUAUGGCGUGAAUGGAAGAGUAACAAGGCCGAACUGUUGACAACCGACAUGGGAUGACAAAAUGGCGCCGAAUUUGGACAAAGUUGUGGAUUUACCUUGUCGAUGGUUAAACAGGUAUGAUCUACUUGAAACCAAGUUAAAACUUGUUUAAAAUGUUCUUGAUACCAUUAUGUCUGAGAUGAUUUACAUUUUUGUAGGAUGUCGACGAGAUCGCCGAUAAACAGCGGAGUAAAGUGGAGAACUUGGCCAAAUACGUCCAUUUGCAGGAGGUAGGCACAAUUCAAAUUAUUAUUUCGAUCAGAAAAUAUUAACUAUUUUACACCAAAUCAGUGAUAAUAUAUUUAAAUAAGUACCAAUUAUGUUUCUAUAAAAAAGAUUUAGGGAAAAAGGUAAUGUAAGUCCACUGCUGUUUAUCUGAAGUUGCAAGCCACAAAUUGACGUUUAACUAUGAUUAUUGCAUGGUCAUUUUCUUGUGAAAAAUUAGUGCUAGGCAUUUCACACUUACCAAUGACCACCCCAAAAGUACCAUCUCUGAACCAUAUAAGCACCUCAGAAUAGCCAAAGCUUUUAUGGUUUGGUAGAUAGCAGUAUGGCGAAAGCGUCGUUUUUGGGUGUGGUCAGUUUCAGAUGUUUCGUCCCGGAUUGGGGUUCGGGCAGCGUUACCAUGUUGACCGUCAUGGUCAACUUGCCCUAAAACAGUUGAGAUUAUCUGUCCUAAAUGAAAUGCAUACAAACUCAUAUACAGGUCCUAGACUAUUGACAACUUGCUACAAGGUUGCUGAUCUCAACAGACUUGUUACAAGUUGUUCCAACAACUUGUUAUCGUCCUGCAAUUCAACAACUUGUCAACAAGUUGUGAGUGACAACCUUGUAGCAACUUGAUAAAAUAACAUCAUUGUUACAACUUAUCGACAAGCUUGCUACAAGCCUGUUGCGAACACAUCUUGAUGACAAGUUGCGAGAUUUUUACGUGUGUACCUGAUAUCUCAAACGUGGUCCAGUGCAAGUAGUAUUCUACAAUACACUGCUGUGAUGAAGUUUUCAAUCCUUUGUGCCUUACAGGCAAGUGGUGAAAAAGCUACAUUACUUUUUUUAGGGAUUCAAAAUUAAUCAUUGAUGGCUACUUGGAGUGCCUUUGUUCGUCAGAUCCUGAGAUUGUCAUGAGUGCAGCCAAAGUUCUGUCUGAAAUUUCCAUACUUGCAGCAGGUUAGUGUUUGGUCUCGCGCAGGAUGUGAUGGUUAUACACAGUGGUUAUACUGCAUCGUUCACCUCGGGAGUUCGGUUCUUGCAAUACAGCAAAACCUCGCAUAUAAGAACCUACAUUUUCCAAGUUAGCCUAAACAAGUUCUUAUGUAAAUGGUGUUUACCAGGAAAUUAGGUUAAACAGGUUCUUAAAUACGUUCUUAUUUUCUUAAGAGAAAAGCGACUCAUUUUAGGGAGGUAUGGUAUAUGAUUUAUAUAAAUUAUACAAGUGAUCUAAAAAAUGACAGUAUAUGCACUAUACCGACUUAAUCUAUUUGAUAAUAUAAGAAUCUGUUUUGAAAUUCUAGCCUGAUUGCAGUGUCAAAAUAAUAUGAAACUGGUUUUUCGUAUCUCUGAGGAUGGUUCUGAAAUAGAAUUGAAACACUGCGCGUCCUCUAAGACAAGCGUUAGUCGUCACGAAAAUAUUUCGUGCACUUAAAUUGGAUAAGACUCGCUACCAAUCCCCGUUGACGGUUGACUCGAUAGCUGAAUGGGUAGAGCGGCGGUCUAGAUACCCGAAGAUGCGAGUUCAAAUCCCGCUCGAGCCAACAAAUUUUUCGUUGAUCGAUUGCAGUGUCAGAAUAAUAUGAAACAGGUUCUUAAAUUCUCGGUUCUUAUAUGCUGGGUUUUACUGUAUAUAGUUUUACGAUUAUAAUUUCCUGUCAGACGCUCGCAGCUACCGUUGUCUUUGGAGGCUUUAUUAUUUAGCAUUAGGUAUCUGGGCCGUGGCUGAUGUGGGCCCUUAGUUUGAACAUGGAUAAUAUUUGAACAUGGAUUUUAUUUUUAAUAUUUAAAUGGUUAUUUUACAAUCCAUGGUUUGAAUUAACUCUACCCAAUGAGCGUUACGCCACUGACAGUCCUGGAAGAAUAUUGAAAGUUAGUUUAAUCACGUGUAACCUCUGCCAUUUUAGAAUACUGUGACGAUUUGUUGGAAAAAGCAUUUGCAGCUGCGACAAAAAGACUUGGAAAAGUUGGAUCGCAUGUGACAAAGACAUUUCAGAUGUUUAACCUGGAAUAA